UGCUAUGGACACUUGAGCCAGUGUAGCUAAAGUACUGAUGCAAUAAUAUUCUAACUAUUGAAGUGGUUUCUUGCAGGCAUUGGAAGAGGAAUGAUUUUCACACCUUCCGUUGUCAUUAACGGACUUUAUUUCGACAAGAAGCGUUCUCUGGCGAAUGGACUGGGAGCAACAGCCGGAGCCGUGGGUGCGCUAAUUUCACCCAUGCUGUGUGUGAAGCUAAUCGAGCUUUACACCUGGCAAGGUGCGAUGAUCAGUUUGGCCGGCAUUUACCUACAGAGCGUAGCAGCUGGCGCCCUCUUCCGGGAAAUACCGCAAUCGUCGAAGGACGCCUUGGCCGAGCGCCGCGGCGAGGGCGGCCGUCUCAUGAUGCCGCUUACGGACACGAAGAAGUUCGUACUGCACUGCCUGAAUUAUCUACUGAAAUCGUUCAGUCUGAGCGUGUUCGUGACGUUCGGUGUGUUGUACGGCGUCCGGCAGGGCUUUAGUCUCUCGCAGGCUGCUCUCAUGAUCACAGUUCUCAGCAUCUGCAACGUUGUGCUGCAAUUCAUCGUGUCGUUGUUCGCCGACCGCUCGUGGUUCUUCCGUCGCAUCGUCUUCGUCGUCGCGACCAUCAUCCUCGGCGUCACCUACUUCUUGUUCCUGCUCGCACGCGAACUGUGGGUGUUCGUGAUCUGCUGUGUGCUGUACGGGUGCGCCUACGGCGCUAGAGCGAGCCUGGAAACGACGAUGCUGGUGGAUUUGUUCGGCAUACAGAAUCUACCGAUGGUUCAGGCGUUCUACCUUUUUUCCUAUGGUAUAGGAGGUCUCAUCGGACCUCUUGCAGCAGGAUUCCUAGUGGACUAUACGGAGAUGGUGAAACCAGUCUUCAUUCUAUCUGGAGUCAUUGGUUUCGGCAGCGCAGCGGCGCUAGGUGGCGUCUUCUAUAUCGACUACAAACAGAGUCACAUGCCGCAAGAAUCAACUCACCAACAAAGUACGGAGACAGUGGUCACCGCAUUAUAUAAAGCGUUUAACUAAUAAUAAUAACUAAUAAUAAUAAUAAUAAUAAUAAACUAAUAAUAAUAAUAAUAAUAA